AUGGUUGGAGGAACCGCUGGGAUCGUGUGCGCUGCCACACGGGUGGCAGUGAAGUAUAUGCUUCCUCUUGGUAAUAUCAUUAGGAAACACUCAAUUAACUAUCACUGCUAUGCGGACGACACCCAAUUAUACUUAUCAAUCAAACCAGACAAAACAAGUCAGUUAGCUAAACUUCAAGCAUGUAUUAAAGCAAACCGCUGUAUUAAAGAUAUAAAAUCCUGGAUGACCUAUAAUUUUCUGAUGUUAAACUGUAACAAAACUGAAGUUAUUGUACUGGGCCCUAAACACCUCCGAACUUCAUUAUCUACAGAUAUAGCUACUCUGGAUGGUGUUGUCCUGGCCUCCAGCCCUACUGUCAGAAAUCUAGGAGUUAUUUUUGAUCAGGAUAUAUCCUUUAACGCCCAUCUAAAACAAUCAUCGAGAACAGCCUUUUUUCAUCUUCGUAACAUUGCCAAAAUUAGGAAUAUCCUGUCUCAAAACGAUGCUGAAAAACUAGUCCAUGCAUUCGUUACUUCCAGGCUGGACUAUUUUAACUCCCUACUGUCAGGUUGCUCAAAUAAGUCCCUUAAGACUCUCCAGCUGAUCCAGAAUGCUGCAGCGCGUGUUCUGACGAGAACUAAGAAAAGAGAUCAUAUUUCUCCUGUUUUAGCAUCUCUGCAUUGGCUUCCUGUGAAAUUCAGGAUUGACUUUAAAGUCCUUCUCCUGACCUACAAAGCCCUAAAUGGUCAAGCACCAUCCUAUCUAGAACAGUUCUUAGUACCUUAUUGUCCCACUAGAGCACUGCGCUCCCAGAAUGCAGAGUUACUGGUGGUUCCUAGAGUCUCUAAAAGUAGACUGGGAGCCAGAGCCUUCAGCUAUCAGGCUCCUCUCCUGUGGAACCAGCUCCCAGUCUGGGUUAGGGGGGCAGACACCAUCACCUCAUUUAAGAAUAAACUGAAAACUCUCCUCUUUGAUAAAGCUUACAGUUAA